UAGAAAUAUCAUGAAAUGUCGCGAAAGGUCAUGACAUUUCUUGCAAACAGGGCCAUUAUCGGACCAUUCUUCAAUUUGACCAACAACCCACAAGCAUGACAACGAACGCUAUGAAAGCGCAAGGCCAACUGGCUGCCAUUGCCGACCAAGCUGACCGUAUCCACGACAUCGUGACCACACGUCUGCCGCACCAACACGGGCUCGUCGCGGCCGAGAUCGCCGCCACGAGGUGGCUGUCUGUGGCCAACAACGGCAACGCGGCAACUCGCCUCAAGAAAUGCAAAAUGCAAGUGACCAACUUCCGUUUCCGAGUGCUGGAGCAAGGCGAACGACUGACUCGGCUGCUUUGCGACUUGGACCUGGUCGACAGCGAUGGCGACCAACAGAUCCGACAAGAACGCAAGCGACUCGUGCUGCACAUCCAAGACGAACUUCAGCUGGCCGAUGCGUUGAAGCACAAGUGCGAUAAACUCGUUGCCUUCCACGCGUACAUGUUUCCCACUCCUGUGGAGGCGGCAACCCCAGUUGGUUCUCCCAUCCAAGCGGAAGCCAACCCUGAAAAAGCCACCGCGUCGGACAACGAGACCGACGACGACGACGACAUGGAACCCAAUGAUGACGACAACGACAAAGAUAUCGACAUGGACAACAAUGACCAAUCCGACGAGGAAGAAGGCGAACCUGAAGACGAGUCGCAUCUUCCCGUGUGGAAGCCCCGCUUUGAACUGCGCGACGGCCGCGACGGCGCCGUGUACCUCGUGGCGGACCUCACGGGCGUCGACUUGGACCGACAUUUCGACGUCCAUGUCGAUGGUGAUGUGCUGCGCGUGAGCGGAACGAAGCUGCCCACUCCUCGCGACUUGCAAGUGAUGCGAAUGACCCAACAACCCACCUUUGGACGGUUUGCCAUCGAAGAAACGUUCCCGCGGCAUCUGUUCCAUCUUCAGAACGCGACGCUUCGCCGUGUGUCUGGCGGUCUUGUCGAAGUCCGCGUCCCUCGGGCACGAGUGCCGUUCAACGCCAGGCGCAACAUCUAUCGACGACCAGCUCCGUUUGCCAAUAUGGGCAUGGCGUGGUAGUUCAAUAAACUUUAUUUAACAAUGAAAUUGCAUUCUACACAAGUUACUCG